CGGGAACAGAGUAGCGGCUCGGGGUUACUUUGGAACUCCCCCGGCACGGGGACUCCCUCCAACUCAACGCCUCCUCUCCGCAGCUGAACUGCGACUCUUCCGCAUGUUGCUCCUCCAUGACUCGGGUGCCGCGCAUGAGCACAAUUCGUCCCACGAGGGGCGCGAUGUCAGGCGGAACCGUAUUGCUGGACCCGGCAAAUGGUUUAAGAGCUCUGGGGGUCGCCGACGCGGUGGCAAGGAGCGAAGUAUUAAACGUUGAGCUGUCUGGCCUCGGUUUCCCAUCAUCAUUACCACUUCUUCGCUCCCAUUUUAUACCGUCCAUCUCACCGUCGUUUGAACGCGCUCCAGCUUCAAUCACAUCAUCCCUUCAUCCUACGCCGUCCAAACCUCGCCCAAUAUGCCUAGCAAUGACGGUGCCUCCAGCGGUCAGCCCGCUGCCGACAACUACCCCAGCACCAUGCCGCAGGCUGGCCACAACUGGCAAAUCACCCUGGGCGGCAAGGUCAUUGCGAUCACUGGCGCAAACCAGGGCAUCGGUCUAGGCCUCGCUGAGGUCGCCCUCCACAACGGCGCCGGCACCGUCUACUCGCUCGACAUCUCGACGCCCGGUGACGACUUCGCCGGCCUCCUCAAGCAGUUCCCCGGCCGGCUCGAGUACAUCCAGGCCGACGUCACCAACGAAGAGUCGGUCGCGAAUGCCCUCGACCAGAUCCUCGCCGCCAAGGGCCGCUUCGACGGCAUGAUCGCCAACGCCGGCGCCACCAAGCACCAGCCCGCGCUCGACUUCACCAUGGAGCAGGUCGAGAAGCUCUUCCGGCUCAACGUCUUCGGCGCGUGGAACUGCGCAACCGCCGCGGCCCGCGUCUUCAUCAAGACCAAGACCAAGGGCAGCAUCGUCUUCACCGCGAGCAUGACCAGCUACCGCCCCAACCGCGCUGCCCCUUCAGCGCCCUACGGCGGCACCAAGGGCGCCGUACGCAACAUGACGCAUACCCUAGCCAUGGAGUGGGCUCAGUACGGCAUCCGCGUCAACAGCAUCAGCCCGGGCUUCGUCAAGACCGCCCUGACCUACUACGUCGAGACCAGCCCCGACUGGGACACCAAGAUGAAGUACUACGGCGGCAUGCCUCGACUGGCCCUUCCCCAGGAGCUCGGCGGCGCCUACGUCUACCUGUUGAGCGACACGGCCACUUACACCACUGGUAUUGAUAUCCCCAUCGCUGGUAUUGUCGGGGCUUGGUAAUGGAGGAGGAAAUGAUAAAACGGAAUCCGGUUAUGACGAAUGAAAACUGUAUAUGUGUCAAAGAAGC